CAACACCUCACCAUGCCAGAUUCUCUCACCACAAACAUACUCCCACGAUAACCUGAAUGCGUACACCAUUUUUGCAUUCAGCUUUACGGGUCUCCGCACACCAUGGCAUCCUUCGGGAUCGUCGUCGACGUCCUUGACGAUCGCUUUUUGCACCUGCAAGAUGUAACCGGGAACGUCCGGCCCUUUCCGACACUAGUACCAUACGAAGACUACUCUCAGAAUGUGCUAGUUUACAAGAUGGAUAUGAGCCACGAAAUGAUCAUGGGCAGUAUGCAGCAGUUUACCGUUUGCUGCGCCAAGCAGAGCGGAAAAGAGACAUGGUCAUGGGUUGUGCAAUGGGAAGUUGAGAAGUCGUCACCAGCUAUCACUCACGAUUCUGCCCCAGCGCCCAAGAAACUUAGGAUUGGAAGAACAGAUCUAGAUCUAGGGCUAUCACCAAAGCUCCCGUUUACGACAGCAUUCCCCCCCUCAUCGCCCAAGAUCAAACCUCGAGCCCCAUUGCGAACGGGCAUUGGACAGCGCCGCCUUGACCCCGGGCUCAUGGAAGAGGAAGGGCUGUUGCGCAUUCUCAUCGACAUCGUACAAUGCGACGAUAGGAUAGUGCCGAACCUCAUCGAGUUUCUCUACAACUGGAUCGAUUUCUAUGAAGGCGAUGGUCAUGCACUGCAGUGUGCCAUGCAUCAAGAGAUUCCAAGUCUUUGGGACUUUGAAUGCCAUCCCCUUGUACUUCCCGGCGUGAAGAAAGCACGAGAACAGAAGGCUCAAGACAUGAAGAAGAGUGAAGCUAAGCCUGAUGAAAAGCCCGACGUAACCGCCCUUGAAGAAGACAUUGAACUGAGCGAGCGCAUGCAGUAUCAUGAGAAGAGAUUUGGUAUCCAACCCCCGAAAAUCGAAGUCCCUAUCACCCCGCUCAUCAACAUUCCCAAGGACAUGCGCAAGCGCAAUUCGUAUUAUGCCGCUUGUUUCCAGUCGCGUCAGCGAGCAAUUUACCUCCUCCUUGAAGCGGGCAUUACUAUGAAGCAGAUAAAUAACUACAUAAAGCUGCAGAAGAUGCCCCCAAAGGAGACACCGGAGGAAGGUGCUGGAGGUGGUCUCACACAAUACUUCAAGAAUCAGCCGUAUGCGAGGGCGCAGUUCUUCUACGCUGAAAAAGUGAGAGAUAUGAGAAAGAAGUGGACAGAAACGGUUAUCAGUACUAGGCUGGGUCGAGAGGCGCAAUAUGCGGCGAGGACGGCGGAAAUCGAGGCCUCUGUGACCGCAUUGCAGGGUUCUCCUGAGACUGAAAGGAAUGCUUCAGGACAUCUUUAUGUUCCACCGCCCAUUAUACCGCCAACGCCAUCGCAAUCAAAUGCUCCAGAGACGGCGCCCAAUCCAUGUCAAUUGACUUCCCCUCUAUCAAGUAUCGAGACCGAACAUCGUGUUGGACAUACUGCACGGGUAGAGACCGUACCAGCGUUCCUGUCUGGACGGUUGAAAUCGAAUCGUUUCGCGUCUGCUCGUCCCGCGAAGAAAGUAAACAAAGAUGAGUCUUCGGAUGAAGAUGGUAGUGACUCCGAAUACUUCAACAUUGAUGGUGAACCUGUAUCCGAUGAGGAUGAUGUCAGGAUGGAUACGAAUGAUGCUCCCGGAAAUUUAAAUAUGGGAGUCACUCUCCAGCCUAGUGCAACGGCUCCAACACGGAAUGCUCAGCCUCGGAACAUUGCGGCCUAUCUUCAGUCUCUCAGUCCAGCUCAAAUUCAAGAUCUAAUGCCAAUGAUCAAUGCCGCUCGACAACCUGGAUCGAACUUCAUCAUGCCACCUGCCUAUGCCACACAUGCGGCAACGCAUGGCCAACCGUCUCAUAGCAAUGUCGGGUCCGCAAACGUCGUGUCUGCUCCAGCUAUUGCAGCCGGCAGCCAGAUAGGUAGCCAACCUAGUGGUAGUAACGGUAGUGCCGAUGAAGAUGCUAAAGAUGUUAAAGGUGACAAUUUAGAGGAGUUCGGGGAUAUGGAAGAAGACGCCGAUGAAGACAGGGAUGGAAUACCAACUAGUGCAGCACUCCCAGAAGCAUCGACACAAUAUCCUAGAGAAGGGAGUACGUCAAUACCACAGGCCUCCUCUGGUCUUACCCAAGGCUUCCAGCCUCUUUCCUUUAGUGCUCAGUUUACGGCACCAGCACAGCCCCUUCCUAGCCUUUUAGCAUCACCAAGAGCUCGGUCUAGUUCAACCCAGGACGGGGCUUCUAGACAGCUUGCGUGGGGCGCUCCAAGUAUAUUGUUUCGAGCUCCACAAUCCCCGCUGGACCAGAUUCUUCAGAAUGUCCACCAGAACCCGGUGACAACACAAACUCCUGCUAGAUUUAGAUCACCACCUUCCCAGUCCAAUGCUCAACCACCAACUGGUGCUCAACAGCUAAGGCUCAGCGCAGGCCUAGCCAGCAAUUCACAACGUCUGCCCAGCGUCUUUAGCCAGCCCCCAAUGCCUAGCCUAUCCCGCACGCCUCCCUCUCCGCUGGAACUACCCACCACCACGCCCGCCUCCACUCUCGCUAAACUCGCCUUCCUCAUGGCUCCUAAAGUUCCCUCUCCUCUCGGAAUCCCAGUCCUAAUCUACCUCCCCAAAAUUCUAUUCCCGGAGCCAGAGACCUUAGAUAGAACAGACGCCAUACUCCUCGGCUAUAUACAGCCGGGAACCGGGGGAAGCGAGAAAACAGAUAUGAGGAUUGAAAAGGCAUUAUUCUUGCCUGAGGAUUUAUCAGAGAGAUUCAGGUGGAAGGUUAAGCAGGGGACUUUAGAGGUUUUGGAGACGUAUGCUGCCCCCGCGACAGCGGCCUGGAGUAAGAUGCCGGCUACGCCGAGCACAACAAGCGAAUACUUCUUCUCACCGUCAUCGUCACCAAAACGUAACGCCGAGCAACUCCACACUUCUCAUAAAUCCAUCUACGACAAACUUUUCCAAGCCUACAAUCUCAUGGUAAACACCCCCGACCGUGAAUCCCAGCUUACAAAGCGGUGGCGUUGUUCUCCAGACCCAGUAAUGGAAGGGAAUAGAGGGAGUGUGUGGGAGGGCUGGGGACUUUGCAUUGAUAGGGGUGUGGGGAUGGGGGAUGAGGAGAGGAAAGGUGCGGUCGUGAGGGUAGAAGUAGGGUCAGGUGCGGCAGAGAGGGAGGUUCGGGAAUGGGAGACUAGAAGGGCGAUGGAUGCGGUUAUGGAAGAGGGCGAAGAGGACAGGGGAGAGGGGAUAGAGAAGUGAGAGGAGAGGAAUCAUUGUGUGAGUGUUUCGAUUGGGCUUGAGGCUGACAUCAGAGGCGCGCCUCUCAAGACUCCGUGUUUGUGAGUUGAGCAGUAAUUAUUCUCCUCCAAAGUCACGAAAUUAAUUCAGUAGAAGCUGCGGAUCAGCACGCUGAGGCAUAGUUUCAUGACCUCCGAAAUGCUUACUCAGUGCUGGUUAAUGUGCUAAAAUUCUUC